UCGAGAAUAAUAUCAUAAUGAGCAAGUAGUAUUUGCCUAUUGCGUUGGUUGCUUAUCAAGUAACGACCAGAUGUCGGGUCUCUCAUUGGAUACAAUGUAGUUGGUCCAUAGCAUUGUUACUGUGAGGGUGUCUGUGCGCUUAUCAGUGAAAACGAUAAGAACCAUGGCGUUGCAAAGAUACUUCAUCCACGCGUCAAAGCAGUACAUGUCCAGGUGUUGUGUCCUGCAGACCAACCUGAAGCAGUCAUACUGUGAACUGCGGCACAAAUACAGUACGAAACCUGUAGCUAGACAAUACACAGACCGCCACGAGUGGGUAGUCAUAGACAACGGAGUCGGCACGGUGGGCAUUAGCAAAUACGCACAAGAAGCACUAGGAGACGUGGUGUUCGCUCAACUGCCGGAGCCAGGUGCUCAGUUCAAGGCUGGAGAUGAAUGUGGAGCCCUAGAAAGUGUGAAAGCUGCUAGUGAAGUCUACUCACCAGUAAGUGGUACUGUAACUGAGAAGAAUAAGAAUGUAGAAGACAAACCUGGUCUCAUCAACUCAUCCUGCUAUGAUGAGGGUUGGUUGUUUAAAAUAAGCCUAUCCGAUAAUGAGGAAAUUAAGAACCUAAUGUCAGAAGAACAGUAUAACAAAUAUCUGGAAACUGAUGUUGAGAAGGAUCACUAAGUUAAAGCUUGUUUCGUUAAUUAAUGGUUGUUAUUUAUGUGCUGAUUAGGUGUUAUUUUAAACAAUAAAUGAUGAUGUUGUUUUA